GGGGAGCGGGCGGUGGGGCCCAGCCUUCCCGGCUUGUCUCUCGCGGAACUGAGGAGCCAGCCGAUAGCAAGGCGAGGGGGUGGUGGACAGGAAAGGGGGUGGCAAUGCUGCAAACUCCCCACGAAGAGCAUCAAACUUGAGAGGCGCCCCGGGGAGAGGGAGUAGCAGCUGCAGGUGGUGGUGCCGGCACCGGGCGGCGUGCUGGGCAGGGCCCCGCCGGGGGAGCGCUGCGGAGCCGGGAGGCGGCAGAGACCCAGGGCGCAGUCGGCUACUCCAUCGCCUGGGAUACUUCCCAUCCACGCCUCUCCCCAGCCGGACCUUCGCACCCACCUGUGUCUUCUUCUGCGCGGGAAGGGGUUCACAGCCCCCACCGCCCUUCCCAACAUUUCCUCCUCCGCAGCCUCCGCACCCCACCGCUCACCCCAGGGCUCUGUGCUGCAAACCUCCGUGCGGAGCCCCGGGAAGCAGCCAGACUCCCAGCGACCUGGACCGGGGGGCGUCUGCCCUGCGAGGUCAGGACGUCAGGACGGACGGACAAACGGAACUGGACUUGCCUUCUGCCACACGUCUUGCUGGUGCUUCUAAGCAGAAAGAAACUUGACGGCCAGGUCAGUAAGUAUUCUUCUUCCUGAAAAUGGGCCCAAUAGGUGCAGAGGCUGAUGAGAACCAGACAGUGGAAGAAAUGAAAGUGGAGCAGUACGGUCCAGGGCAAACCACUCCUAACGGUGAGCUGGCCCCUGACCCUAAGCCAGAGCUUCGAGACAGCACUACGCUGAUUGAAGUGCAGAUCAUCCUCAUAUUGGCUUACUGCUUCAUCAUCUUGCUUGGGGUGAUUGGCAACUCCUUGGUGAUCCAUGUGGUGAUCAAAUUCAAGAGCAUGCAAACAGUAACCAACUUUUUCAUUGCCAACCUGGCUGUGGCAGACCUUCUGGUGAACACCCUGUGCUUGCCAUUCACUCUUACCUACACCUUAAUGGGAGAGUGGAAAAUGGGUCCUGUCCUGUGCCACCUGGUGCCCUAUGCCCAGGGCCUGGCAGUACAAGUGUCCACCAUCACCUUGAUGGUAAUUGCCCUGAACCGGCAUCGUUGCAUCGUCUAUCACCUGGAGAGCAAGAUCUCCAAGCGAAUCAGCUUCCUGAUUAUUGGCUUGGCCUGGGGCAUCAGUGCCCUGCUGGCAAGCCCCCUGGCCAUCUUCCGAGAGUAUUCACUGAUUGAGAUUAUCCCUGACUUUUCCAUUGUGGCCUGUACGGAGAAGUGGCCUGGUGAGAAGAGCGUGUAUGGCACUGUCUACAGUCUUUCCUCCUUACUGAUCCUGUAUGUUUUGCCUCUGAGCAUCAUUUCUUUUUCCUACAUGCGCAUCUGGAGCAAACUGAAGAACCACGUCAGCCCUGGAGCUGCGAGUGAUCACUACCAUCAGCGACGGCAAAAGACCACCAAAAUGCUGGUGUGCGUGGUGGUGGUGUUCGCGGUCAGCUGGUUGCCUCUCCAUGCCUUCCAACUCGCUGUGGACAUUGACAACCAAGUCCUGAACUUGAGGGAGUACAAGCUCAUCUUCACCGUGCUCCACAUCAUUGCCAUGUGCUCUACCUUUGCCAACCCCCUUUUCUAUGGCUGGAUGAACAGCAACUACAGAAAAGCUUUCCUCUCGGCCUUCCGCUGUGAGCCCAGGUUGGACACCAUCCACUCGGAAGUAUUCGUGUCAUUCAAGGCUAAAAAGAACCUGGAAGUGAAAAGGAAAUAUGGCCCCAAUGGCUCUUUCACAGAGGCAACCAAUGUCUAAGGAAGCUGUGGUGUGAAAAUGUGUGGAUGAAUUCUGACCAGAGCUAUACAUCUGGUUGGGGACAGCGCCUGGGUGUGUCCUGAUUUCCCAUUUUUAGGAAGAAAAAGAGCAUCUGAAUGGAUGCUCUUUGGUGUCAUUCACGGAAACCUCAUUGGCAGAGCCAAGGUGAAAACACACCUAUUGGGAGACAGGACAGCAAAACAUUUCACCUACAGUUGUAUGGCCGGAAGGUGGAAUAACGGACAUUCUUGUGACAGUUUCCGGUUUCCUGUAGUGAAGGAAACCUGAACAAGGAACUGGCCUUACCACCAUUGCUAAAAGGUAGUGGCUCAAUAAGCUGACUUUCAAAUCACAUUGGGGAGUAGGUUGGGGAUGCUGUAUAAUUAACUGCUCUCCCCUCAUCUGAUGAAAGGAUGACCAAACACCAAUUUCCCUAGGGAGCCACAGGCUCUCCUUUAUUGUAUUUUGUGUGUGUGUCUGUUUUAAUGAAUCUUCCUAUAGAUUAAACCUACUAGGAAAUGCUACAGGUAAAUGUUGCCACCUAAUAGUAUGACUGCAAGGAAGUAAACUGAAAUUUGCCGUAUAAUUAGUGUGUUGGAAAAUGAUGGGGGAAGUUCUUAAUACUCAGCUGAUUAUGCUUAAAACCAAAGACACAUUUAGUGGAAAGUUGCUUUGACUCAGAAUCAAAGGUUGAAGUUCUCAGAAUUAUAGAAAGGUAAACCAUCAUUUGACUUCUCAUUUAAGUUGUCCCUGCUUUCUAUACAUAGAUACCAUUUCGAUAACCAAAUAAGCAUGCAUGUAAUGCAUUUAGUGAUUUAAUUAAUAAAUAUUAAUUAUCAUAUCUUUUGAACAUGUAUUAUUCCUAUGUUGGAGCUGAGUUUGUCUUCACUAGAAAUUAAACCAAUUAGAAAAUAAUUUUGUGGUAUUUAAAAAAUUUUUGUGGUUAUUUGUAAGCAUUUUUUGCACAGGUACAUAGCUCUAAUGUGUUCAUAGAACACUAGUGUUUUUUUUUUGAAAUUCAUUUUCAAUGGACUCAUUCAUGACACAGUAUAAUUUCAUCAAGAUGGCACCCAUCUGAUAAGAAUGCUAAAGACAUUGGACUCAUUCCAUUUUGCAAAUGUUCUGUUUGGACCAAUUUCAACAUAAAUUAUGCUUUUCUCAAAAUAAUUAGCUAAGUUAUUUUGAUAACAUGAGUAUAUACCUAAAAAUUGUACUUACACAACCAAAGAUGCUUAAAACCCUAUUAUGUUCAUGACAAAUAAUUGAGAUGUUAAAAUAAUUAUAAUUCUUUGAAUGCUGUUAAGGAAGUUUCAUUGCAAUCAUAUUUUUGUAAAUAGAGUCAGUCCUUAAAUUAAAAAAAAAAAAUUCCAUGAGUAGUAUAAUAUUACACUUAGUUAUAAAUAUUAACUUUUUGAACUGGAAAGUUUAUUUUAUGAAUAUAUUUAAAAUUCAUACUUUGGCUCUUUCUGAGCUACUUUCUUGCUAGAAAUGAAAAAUUGCUCUUGAAGAGGACAGCACUUUUGGAAUACAGAAAAAGAAUGAAAAAUAUAAUUUAGAUUAGACGGGAGACUGACUUAAAAGUAAACAAAA